AUCUACGAGGGCACGUGGAGCUCGUUCGAACCAUAUCUUGGGCCGACCUCUCUGACACAAGCGCACCCGUUCCUUGACACGAAAUGCCUGCGGAACCAGACCCUGCGCAGGAGCCCCUCCUCGGAUCUCCCAGCAGAGAGGCUGGGUAUGGCGUCCAUAACAGCAACAAGGCCCAUGACACGGCUUCUGGCGAGGCCAAGAUUGUGCAUUUUUCUGCCGGUGACGCAGAGGAUCCCCGAAACUGGCCACGGUGGAAGAAAUGGCUUAUGAUCGGACCUAUUUUGCUGAUCGACUUGUCCGUGAGCUGGGGCGCAUCGGGCUUCUCACCGGCGAGCAAGAAGUUCGCCCUCGACUUUGGCCUGCCAGCCGGCAUGGGAACGCUGGGUCUGUCUUCAUACGUGCUCGGCUUGGCUUUUGGGCCCAUGACACUGGCGCCGCUUUCAGAGUACUAUGGACGACGCCCCGUCUAUAUCUACUCGUACUUCAUCUAUCUAUGUCUGCUGGCUGCGUCCGCCGUCUCACCUAACCUUGCCGUUUUCCUCCCCGUCCGGCUGCUGUCCGGCUACUUUGCGUCUGUUACGAUUGCCAACUUCGGAGGUACUAUCGCUGACUUGUAUCACCCUCACGAUACCGGCCCUGCUAUGUCUUUGUAUUUAUGGGCCGCGACGUGCGGCUCGCCCAGCGGAUUCUUCCUCAUGUCCUUUGUUGCUCAUUACAAGGGCUGGAGAGACGUCUUCUGGGCUCUGUUGGCCAUCUGCGGCACCCUCUGGGCCAUCAUGACGCUAUCUCUGAUCUACUGUGGAGAGACACGGCACAGUAUCAUCCUCGAGAGGAAGGCCGAGCGAGAGCGGAAGUCAAGCAGUCCGGGUGAAGCAGUCGACAUCCCAGAGCACUUGCGGAAGCGGAGUGUCAAGCAACUCCUUCAACUCACACUGUCCAGACCAUUCAGGUUCCUGGGAACCGAAGCGAUCAUCAUGUUUGCAGCUUUGUAUAACGGAUACCUGUACGGGCUGAGCUUUCUCUUCAACACGGCCUUCACGCUUGUUUUUGGCCACGGACAUGGCUUUCACACCAUCGGAAUUGGCGUGUGCUUCCUGGGUCUUUGUUUCGGGAUCAGCCUCGGCCCAGUUACCAACAUCUUGCAGGAGAGGUACUAUCAGCGCAUGGUACAUCAGUCUGGUGGCAAGAACGUCCCUGAAGCUCGGGUCCAGCCUAUGGGGAAGAUCGCAGCUAUUCUUCUCCCAGUAUCCCUCCUUUGGUUUGCUUGGACGACCGAUCCCAGCAUCCAUCCCAUUGUGCCUGUCCUCGCCUCAGCACUCUGGGGCUGGAGUUUCUAUUCACUGAUUCUCAUGACCUUCACAUACACUGAGGAUUCGUACAAGCAGUACUCUGCCUCUGCGCUAGCAGGCAUUGGUCUCAUCCGGAAUCUGUUUGGAGCAGGCUUCCCGCUGUUUGCGCAUAGCCUUUUUACGAAUUUGGGUUACGAAUGGGCAGGCACGCUACUUGCUGGGCUUGCGCUGGUUCUUGUGCCCAUACCAUUUGUGUUGAGUCGAUAUGGGCGGCUCUUGCGGGAGAAGAGUCCUUGGGCGAGGGAGCACAUGGAUGACCUGGAAGAUGAAGACGAAGCCGGACCGUCUGCUGCCGCGGGUGUGGGGGCAGCCUGA